AGCAGAUCACCGAUCCACAGAAAGAGCCGAAGAUGUCGGCUCGGUCAGGUGAUCAGCGGUGUCCAAUCACAGCUGAUCACUGAUCAUCAGAGCACUGAUGAUCAGUGUGCCCUGAUGAUCAGUGUAGCCCCAGCAGUGCCAGCUGUCAGUGUCCAUCAGUGCCAGCUGUCAGUGCCACAUGCCAGUGCCCAUCAGUGCCACAUCAAUGCCACAUAUCAGUGCCUACCAGUUCACAUCAAUGCCACAUAUCAGUGCCCAUUUGAGCUGCCUUUCAGUGUCACCCAUCAGUGCCAGUCAGUGCCACCUAUCAAUGCCAAUCAGUGCCACCUAUCAGUGCCAGUCAGUGCCGCCUAUCAGUGCCCGUCAGUG